CCUCCAAAGAAAGUAAGAAAAAGUAAGAAAGUUCAUUGUGGCGCGUAUCGUUACACUGGUGAAGUUGUUUUACUGUGAAAUAAACGGAAAUGUAUGGGGGCUUCUCUAAAAAUAUUGUUCGGUAUUUGGGUGGGAGAAAUCACACUUAUGGAUCCUCCGAAUUCUCCGCUAAAUUUCACCGACUAUGUGGUGCAUUUUGUCAAAAGUCCACCGUAAAAUACCCAUCUCUCGAUCUUCCCACGAUGCCCCCCUGUGACUUUAAACCAAUGCAGUAUAAGGGAAUGCCGAAAGACCGAAUACUGGAAAUUCGGCAGCAGAGCUAUAAUCCCAUGACACUGAAAGCCACAUACUACAAGCAGCCAGUCUACAUCCAUCAGGGCUUUAUGCAGUGGCUGUGGGACACAGAUGGGCGUCGCUAUCUUGAUUUUUUUGCAGGGGUUGCCACAGUCAGUGUUGGACACUGUCACCCCAAAGUGACGGAAGCUGCGGAGAAGCAGCUGCGGAGCCUUUGGCACACGACUAACAUCUACACGAGUUCUCCACCUUAUGAGUAUGUGGAGAAGCUAGCAGCAUGUUUUCCUGAUCCACUCAAGGUCAUUUAUUUUACUAACAGUGGCUCUGAGGCCAAUGACCUGGCCAUGCUGAUGGCAAGACUACACACAGGAAACUAUGACAUCAUAUCCCUCAGAGGUGCAUAUCAUGGCGGCAGUCCACAGACAUUGGGCUUGACCUCUUAUUCAGCCUACAAGUUCCCCAUUGCCAAUGGAUUUGGCUGCCAUAAUACUAUGUGUCCAGAUGUGUUCAAGGGGCCGUGGGGAGGAAAAGACUGCAGAGAUUCCCCUGUUCAAACUAUCCGAGACUGUAACUGUGCUCCAGGCUGUUGCCAUGCCAAUGAUAUGUAUAUUCAAGAGCUGAAAGAAGUGCUGUCCUCCAGCGUCCCAUGUCGCAUUGCUGCAUUCUUCGGAGAACCUCUACAGGGUGUGGGUGGUGCCGUACAAUACCCAAGGAACUACCUGAAAGAGGCCUACCGUUUAAUUAGGGAGAGCGGUGGACUCUGCAUUGCAGAUGAGGUUCAAACUGGAUUCGGACGUACAGGAAGUGAUUUCUGGGGAUUUCAAGGUCAUGGUGUUAUUCCAGACAUAGUUACCAUGGCUAAGGGAAUUGCUAAUGGUUACCCCAUGGGUGCCGUUGUCACCACAAAAGAGAUCGCCAAAUCUUUUGCCAAGGGAUUGCACUUCAACACUUUUGGAGGCAGUCCUCUGGCAUGUGCCAUUGCCUCUUCUGUUCUGGAUACUAUUAAGGAAGAUGGCACACAGCAAAUCAGUACCACCAUUGGGACAUAUUUGCUGACAGAGCUGGCCAAACUGCGGGAUAAGUAUGAGAUUAUCGGCGACGUCCGUGGGAAAGGUCUUCUGAUCGGAGUGGAAAUGGUCAAGGACAAGGAAAGCCGCAGGCCCCUCGCUGCUGAGACCCUGAGCCAGAUCUUUGAGGACAUAAAGGACAUGGGAAUACUUGUUGGCAGAGGUGGAACUUUUGGACAGGUUUUCCGAAUCAAACCACCAAUGUGUAUCACCAAGGAGGAUGCAGACUUCUUCUUAGCUGUCUUCAGUCAUGUCAUACAUAAACAUGCUGAGCUCACAUCAUAAUGACCGAUUCUUCACUAUUCUCUUCACACAGCAGCAGUACAAGCAGCUGAGAGACGAAUCACGUUACAGAAACAUCAUUUAUUAAAAGUAAUAGCACUUUUAGCUUAAUUGUACACAUAAUGAGCCCAGGGCUUCCGGGAUAAUGAGUGGUAGACACAAACCAGUGUCUUACUAAUUAGGUCACAUUAAUGAUUUCUUUUAGUGUCUUUGUCAGUUUAAUGUUCCCUUUUGCCAGUUAUACAACUAUCAAUGUCAUCUGCUUGCCAGAAAGUUCCAGAAUGGUCACAUGUAAUGCAAAACAUACAUUGAAUUAUGUUACAUACUUGUCAGUUGUUACACGUAAUGUAUGAACUUGUGUAAAAUGUAUAAUAUAGCAAAAAUGUGACGGCUAAAAUUAAUAAACAUGAAAUAAUUUGCA